AUGCGUUCCCAAUUCUCAUCGAUCGGCCUCGCGUAUUUCGUGUUGGUCGCCAACUUCUACUAUCAAUCCAACGGCUUCAACGAUCAUUUCACACUCUCCUACUCUUUCUGGUCAGUUUCCGCGAUUGGAGCUACAGUAACCCAAUUUUUUGCAGGAAAGUGACGCCGAUCAUCCUUUUGGCGGCGUUCGCCUACCUGAAUGGCGGUGGCCUAGGAAAAGAGGAGCGGAAAACGGCGGCCAUCGGUCUGGUGUUCGGAGGCGUCGGCGAUUGGGUUAUCGGAAUGCACCAGGACGGAAUCAUCCUCGGCGCGUUCGCUUUCGGCCUCGGACACCUCUGCUACCUGGUUAGUUGUGCAAAUUGUCGUCAAAUAUGAUGUCAUGGCGCAGAAUCGCAGUAAAACGCGAAAAAAGACGGGAAAAAAGUUUGCAGAGCCUGUUCCGUCACCACGAGACCAAAAUCCACAACAAGUUCCUGCUGGGGAUGCUCGCGUGGGCGGUCGUCAUCGGGCAGCUGUGCCUGCUGCCGCUGCUCCCCGAGCACAAGGGCCCCGUCGCCGUGUUCGCCCUCUACUCGCUCCUUCUCUCCACGUGCACCUUCAUCGCCGUCUCACAGUACCUCAACGGAUCCAGCACCCAAAAUGAGGAGGUACGUUAUCGAUUUUUAAGUUUAAAAGAGCUGGUUCAAUGCGCAGACGCAAAAAACCCGUUUACAGGGCCUUCUGUACCGGGCGAUCGGCUUCACGCUGUUCUACAUCUCCGAUUCGGUGCUGAUAAUGUCGCACACGGGCGUCUGGAAACUCGCCCCGUCGCUAAUCGUACUCUCCACCUACUACUCGGCCCAAUACCUCAUUUUGUACGGAAACUCGCUGGCGGCCGUGAAAGUGCAAAAAGUGAAAAGCGAAAAAUCGUCGUCGGUCAAAGUGAACUGACCGAACUUUUUCUCCUUCUCUUGACAUAUUUUUGUACAGUUUCUCCGCCCCCUCCCCUGAUUUCUUUUCCGCUAAUUCUCUGUAGCAUUUUUGAGUAUUUGUAUCGAGCUUUACCUGCAAUUUUAUUAACAAUAAACACUUUGCUCUUUUAUCGAUUUUCGUGCGCUCGUUUUGGUCGUUUGCACAGGGUUUUCCUUAUUCGUAUAUCUUUGAGCGAAAACUUGAAAAAUGCUCAAAAACUUGCAGAUGUUAUCACCGGCGCAAUGCCUGGCCAUUUACGGCGGUUCGACCCUUCUGGCCUACAUUGAAACUUCGUCGUUCGAAAAAAACCACCACGUGCUCCUCUCUCUUCCACUCGUCGUCCUCACCAUUCUCACACUCGCCACCACCAUGAAUCCAAAGUGAGCUUAUCGCGCAACCGGACACUUUGCAACCAUUCCAGAACCCGCAUCGCAACCGCCCUCUCGUUCCUCAUGUCCGCCGUUGCCACGUAUUUCCAAUCUGUGAAUCGGACCGCGCCCACCUCCGCCGUCUUUUACACAAUUUCCAAUGUUUUCUACUAUUUGUCGUAUAGGUAAGAGGAGAUCCAUGACACUAUAAACAUGCGCAUAAACUUUUUUGCCUCUUUCCUUCUCUGCAACUCAACUAUUUGUGUACUUGCAGAGACCUCGUCGGCACCGUCUCCUCGCCCAUCCUCCUUCUGUCCGUUUUCCUCUCUUUCGGCCAUUUCCUCCAUCUCCUCCAGGAUCUUCUUGUCGCAAUCCCAUUCUUGGCCACAAUUCUGACCAUCCUCCUGGCCUCUCAUGUCUGCAUUCUGGCCACGUCUGCGAGUGUCUGCCAGAACGGACAACACGGCGAUUUCGAUGCGAGACAGGUCGGUUUUUGAUAUUUUUCAAAAAGCUAGAUGACUAAUCAAUAGACAAUUUUGUGCUCUACAACUUUGUAGUUGAACGUUUCUCGCAAUUACGUCUCUGCGCUCCGAUAUUCGGAUUAUAGUGGAGCGCUGUUAUCAACUACAAAGUUGUAGAGCACACUAUCGAUUCAGCACUUAAAUUUUCAAAAAUCUCCAAACUUCAUUGAUCUACCGUAGCCGCCCAAAGUUACAGGCCUCUCUGCUCCGCCUGUUCGGAGCGAUUCUCUCGUGGCUCAGCGCGUUCCUGCUCAUCUACAAUUCGUUCCAAACGCACACCAAACUCAUUCAUUCGGUCUCUCGCAUCAUCUUUUAUCUCGCCAAUUCCAUGCUCUUUUUUGCCAACGAAAGAGCAUUUUAA